AUGUAUAGAAAGAAAGAUACUUUUUUCAUUAAUACUUUUAUAUAUAACAAGCCUACCCUCUCACCUCCGGUUCACACUAAGCCAACUAUUCCACCUCCGGAUUACACUCCACCGGCCUACAAGCCAACCCCCUCACAUCCGGUCUACAAAAAUUCUCCAAGCCAUUCUCCUCCACCUCCAUAUGUCCCAAAACAAACCUACGCUCCACCCACCAAGCCAUACGUUGUUCCAUAUGUCCCACAGAUCAUUAAAGCCGUUGAGGGUAUCAUCCUUUGCAAAAAUGGCUACGAAACCUACCCAAUUCUAGAUAUCGUUGGUAAUGAAUGUCCUAAACACACAUCACCCAAAGUCCACUUAACACUUAAAUUUGGGCUUGCUCUAGUGAGAUUUUGCGUUUACCUCGAGCUACUAGGCUUUCCUCCAUGUAAUAGGCUUCCCCAAAACCAUGCUUUGUUUACAUCAGGAAUUGGCACUUGUUCUGGUUCGUUGGCAGUCGGUGAUCAUUUGCAGGAAUGGAGAAAGUGUUUUCCACAUGUGACUCACAUAUUACUCAUAUCCGGUGAUAUUUCCUGGUUUACUGGUUCGUGGUUUAAUUCCUCUAUUCUCUCCUUGGGAUACACUAUUCUUGGCGCCUUUCCAGCUCCUCGCCCACCAGGCUACUACUCUUCCAGAGAGUGGGUCUGGGAAGACUUGUUACGGAAGGAAGUCCAAGUCAAAGAGUACUGGGAUUACUCCUUGUUACUGGUACCCGAGACAGAAAUCCAGAGACCUCCUAGGUGUUGCACACUAUACGAAAUUCCUAGCCCAAGCUGUGACGACUUCAUCAACCAUCUCGAAAGUAGUGAACACAGACUGGAGUUCACCAACUCGGUGUUGGCCUUUGUAGACGAGAACAGUUAUGCUAUCAAUCAUUGCAAACUUUUUGAAUAUCCUGGCUUCAACGACCGUGAUAAGACCAUCCCCUGGACCGGUGAAGAUCUUUCACAGAAUGUCUCCUGUCUCUCCGACCGCGCAUUCAACAACCGCAUAUUAAACCAGAUCAAAGAUCCUCAGUCAAUGCCAACCUGCACGUAUACUCACGCAUGGGCCUGGGAAAGCUUACUGACAGAGAAAUCAUGUCUUGUGGACAGAAACAGCCUUAUACCUUCACUGGAAGAGAAUUCAAGCCUACUGAAAGAUACAAACAGCCAUGAUGCCUGGUGGAUUUGCACAGUAUGCAGAAUUCCUAGCCAAAGCUGCGAUGAUUUCAUCAACCAUCUCAAGAGUACAUCUCAUUCACGUGAAACCGUGGUUAACAGUUGGAGUGGGCCUCUGGCAGCCCGCUGGGCUUCUCUCGAACUCGCUGGGCCUCUGCCUCCUUUGGUGAUUUGCGACUUGCGAUCUGCUCAGAAUGUUGGACCGCAGGUCCGGGCCCAACAGUAA